AUGGGUGGGGUUGGCACUCGAAAAAAUAAGUCGAUUUUCAAUGUUAAAACCGUUAGAGAGUAUUUGUGUGUCACAAGCGGGGACCCGUCUAGUGGCUUUGUAAUGAUCUGGAAUGGUUGGGCUACAGCUAAAGCCAAUAUGUUAGCAUGGAAAAGCGUCGAUGGUAGGUUACUGACAAAGACGGAUCUGGAAAAAAAAGGGGAAUUUAGAUCAGCAACACAUUGUGCCCGAGUUGCUGAUCACGAGCAAGAAACUGUUGAACACAUCCUCAUUACGUGUUUGAUGUCGAAAACGCUAUGGUGGAUGUGGCAUAUAUUUCCUAAGAAGAAGAAAAAGGUAGUCAACUACAUAGUGAUGGCUACAUUAUGGAUCAUAUGGUCGAGCAGAAAUGGGAAGGUAUUCAAAGUCGUGCAGUUUUCAAAUGAUAUAAGACUGGAACAAGUCAAUGAGUGUACUCUGUUGUGGAUGAAAGUCAUAGCCAAAAUGGAGAAUUUAGUGACUGAAGAGUGGUACACCAGUGGUGUGAAUAGUGGUGUGAAUGUAAUAGAAAAUUAG